AUGGCACGGGCCUGUCUACCAGCCACCCUCAGCUUCAAGGGAGUGCUGCCUCUGCUCAAGCCCGACAAGAAGAGGGCCCUCGCGCAGUACCUCGAGGAAAGCGAGACUCGCUUGGGCCAGUUGAGGGAUGUGCUGGAGCACGUUCAGCUGGUCGAUCGAUACCGGCGGGUCAGGAGGCUGACCAGUACUGCCCGCAGGGCCGUCAAGAGGCCAGACUCGGAGUACGCGAUGCUGCUGAGGAUCGCGAAAGAAGAAAAAGCGAAGAGGGCGAUGGCGAGGCUGGUGCAGCAAGAGGCUGACUCGCUGAUGGCCCUGCAAGAGAUGAUGGCCCAGAGACUGCGAAAGGAGAGGCUGGAAGGGCUGGCGCUGGGUCUUCUACCGAGCAAGCUAGUAGAGGGCCACCUCAAGCUCACCGACGAGCGGUCUGGCAAGCAGUUCGACGUGCCUAUCCGCACCUCCCGUGAGGCAUACUUCGUGAACGCGAAGGAUCUGGAGAAGAUCAAGCACAAGGGCGCACCGCUGCGGAUGUACGACCCAGGCUACACGAACACCAUCUGCGCCACGUCGGCCAUCUCGUACAUCGACGGGGACAAGGGGCUACUGGAGUACCGAGGCUACCCCAUCGAGCAGCUGGCCGAAAAAUCUUCGUUCAUGGAAGUGACCUUCCUGCUGAUCUUCGGAGAACUGCCCUCCCGCAGCCAGCUCGAUGAAUUCUCGCGCAAGGUGAUGACCCACACCAUCCUGCACAACGACAUCGACCGGAUGAUGAAGAGCUUCCGCUAUGAUGCGCACCCCAUGGGCAUGCUCAUUGCCACCAUGUCCGCCUUCUCCACCCUCAAGCCGGAGGCCAACCCCGCACUGGCCGGCAACGAGGUCUACCGGGACGCGGGUCUACGCAACAAGCAGAUCUACCGGCUGCUGGGGCUAACCCCCUCGAUGGCGGCAAACGCCUACCGCCAUCGGAUCGGCCGGCCCUACAACCUGCCGAGCGAGAAGCUGGGCUAUGUGGAAAACUUCCUGUACAUGCUCGACUGCCUCAACGAAAAGGAGUACACGCCGCAUCCCAAGCUGGUGCGUGCUCUGGAGGUGCUGUUCAUUCUGCACGCUGAGCACGAGAUGAACUGCUCGACGGCCUUCACCCGGCACAUGGCCUCCUCGGGCGUGGAUGUCUACACCACCAUCGCCUCGGCGGCGGCUGCCCUCUACGGGCCCAAGCACGGUGGCGCCAACGAGGCUGUGAUCCGGAUGCUGUCAGAAAUCGGCAAGAAGGAAAACAUCCCUGCGUUCAUUGAAGAGGUCAAGGCCAAGAAGCGAGUGCUCAGCGGGUUCGGCCACCGGGUGUACAAGAACUAUGACCCCCGGGCCAAGAUCGUGAAGCAGGUGGCCUUCGAGGUGUUCGAGCUGACUGGCAAGGAGCCGCUCGUGGAGAUCGCGAUCGAGCUGGAGCGGAUCGCCCUGUCCGACCAGUACUUCAUCUAGCGCAAGCUCUACCCCAACGUGGAUUUCUACAGCGGAGUGAUCUACCGGGCGAUGGGGUUCCCGACGGACAUGUUCCCCGUGUUGUUCACGAUCCCCCGGGUGGCGGGGUGGAUCGCGCACUGGGUGGAGUACCAGGCGGACAAGGAGAACAACAUCGUGCGGCCGCGGCAGAACUACCAGGGCAGGGAGCGGCGGGAGUGGGUGGCGAUGGGGGAGCGGCGAGGGGGGAGCUGGGACAUGAGCGGAGCGACGACGGGCACGAACCGGCGGAGGCAGGCGUGAAGCGCAAUAUUAAAUUUUAAGGGGCGGGCAAAAGUAUAA